AGAGAGAGAGAGAGAGGGAUCAAAAUCCUUGCAUAUAUAUCUUUUCUCUUUGGGUUUUCGGUUAAUUACACUUCUAAUAUAUAUGACACCCUUUUGAUGAGACUUUCUUUCACCUGGGUUCGUUCAUAUAUACAGCUCAAUUUUUGAGCCAAGUCAACUGAGAAAGAGAACUUCUUUGACACGUUAGAGAAGAUGGCUGAAGAAGCAAUCUCAGGUAAUGGUGGUUUUGUUCAAAACCCAGUUAGUGGAUCUAAUCUUCCCGCUGUAAAGAAGAAGAGAAACCUACCAGGAACACCAGAUCCUGAAGCCGAAGUCAUAGCCUUGUCACCAAAAACUCUCAUGGCCACUAACAGAUUCUUGUGUGAAAUAUGUGGCAAAGGCUUCCAAAGAGAUCAGAAUCUACAACUCCAUCGCCGUGGACACAACCUCCCAUGGAAACUCAAGCAGAGGACUACUAAGGAAGUAAGAAAGCGAGUCUACGUCUGCCCAGAAAAGACUUGUGUCCAUCACCACCCUUCUAGGGCUCUUGGAGACCUAACUGGUAUAAAGAAGCACUUCUGCAGAAAGCAUGGAGAGAAGAAGUGGAAGUGCGACAAGUGUUCAAAGAGAUAUGCUGUCCAAUCUGAUUGGAAAGCACACUCAAAAACUUGUGGCACUAGGGAGUACAAAUGCGACUGUGGAACUCUAUUUUCGCGGAGAGAUAGCUUCAUCACUCACAGGGCCUUUUGCGAUGCAUUAGCUGAGGAAACGGCAAGAGUAAAUGCAGCAUCUAAUGGUUUGGCUGCAGUUUCCACGAACUUCAACUAUCAUCAUCUUAUGGGGACUACUCCUGUAGGGCCUAACAUGGCACAGCAUUUCUCUUCAGUUUUCAAGCCAAUCUCAAGCAAUGACCAGACAAUGGACCGAAGUAGAAGGGGACUCUCCUUGUGGGUGAGCCAAGGACCCCAAGUUCAUCAUGAAGUAAUAGGCGGCAAUAAUAGUAUCCAAGAGAUUCACCAACUUGGGUCUACGGGUUCAUCAGGAGCAAUAUUUGGUGACCCUCUUUUUUCAUCAUCAAAUCCUUCACCAUCUGAUCAUUUUCAGUUGAAUUGGCCCUUUUUUGGAAAUAAGCUCCUCUCUUCAUGUAAUGGUCAUGAACAGUUAACAAGCAAUGAUUCGCUUCCAUUAAACAACGCUAAGGAAGCUGCAGCAGCAGUUCAACUAGCAAGUGUUCCUUCCUUAUAUAGCAACCAACAGCAAUCGCAUCAAACCACUUCAGCAAAUAUGUCAGCCACAGCUUUACUUCAAAAAGCUGCUCAAAUUGGUGCAACUUCAACUGACCCAUCAUUUCUUGGGAGUUUUGGAUUAAAGUACAGUAGUAACAGUACUCAAGUUCAAGAAGGGAACAGGUACUGCGGAUUAAUGUAUGGCUCAAACCCAGUAAGCACGAGUACAAAUCUAGCAAGUGAUGACACAGCAGGGAAUGAUAUUUCCAGCUUAAAUCAUCAGCUGCAAAUGUACCCAACAGCCAAACGCCAAAAAAUACAAAGCGACCAAGAUAGUGCAGGAGGGCAAACAAGAGACUUUCUUGGGGUUGGUGUACAACAAGCCAUAUGCCACCCAUCAACAAUCAAUGGGUGGAUUUGAUUUUGAUAUGAUAUGGGAAUUUCAUUCAUGGGUCGCAUGUAGAGAUUAAAAUUGGUAAUAAUGAAGUUGGACUUGAGGUGAGAGAGAGGGAGAGAUUUUAGUAUUAGGAAACUUUGCAGGAAGGAAAAGGUGACAUUAUGUGGCAUGAUGUGGGCUAAAAGUUAAGGUUAGAUAACCAUUGAAGAGAUAAAGGAAGAGAUCCAUGGAUAUUCCUGUUAAGCACAGAAAGCUGAUCCCUUUAAAAAUGGUGGCUUUUUCUAUUUUUGAUAAAAGAGGAAGGGAGUAGUGGGGGGCAGAGUAUGAGCAACUUUUGAGCUCCAUUAUUGCACUUGUUUCAUCUCUAUUGUGGUUGUUAUCUUGUCGAACUCGGACUUGAAAGAAAGAAAGAAUAAUAUUAUUCCCAUUUCCCAGUGGCAAAAA